GAUGCCCACAGGUUAGUAGGUGUAUAUAAAGCUGGUUGACCAUCUCCAGCUCUAUCAGUUCUCAAAGAGACUUCAUACAUCCUUCCACCAUGGUCUUCAGGGUAUUUCUUUUGGCAGCUUUGGUUGUAGUGGCCCAGGGACAGUACGUGGUGAACCAGCAGGCCCAGGAACCUUUCGACCCCAACCCCCAGUACAGCUUCAGCUAUAACGUCCAGGACCCGGUGACCGGUGACAGCAAAUCCCAGACCGAAAGCAGGAACGGAGACAACGUCCAAGGCAGCUACACCCUCGUCGAGCCCGACGGUUCCGUCCGCACUGUCGAGUACACGGCCGAUGCCGUCAACGGCUUCAACGCCGUCGUACACAAGGACGGCGGACACGCUCCCGUCGCCGCCCCCGUCACCACUCGAGUCGCCGCCCCCGUCGCCACUCGUUUCGCCGCCCCCGUCGCCGCCCGCGUCCUCGCCCCCGCUCAUUACUACACCUCUCAGGUCCCAUACACCUCUCAGGUUCCGUACACCAGGGGAUACGCCGCCGGCCCGGCUGUUGUCCGUUCGACCUUCUCUGCGCCCUACGCCAACUACGCCUAUUAAAUGACUGACGGAUGAUGAUCGUCGUACCCAUCUGAUCUUUUGUUUUUGCUCAAUUUCAAUAAAGUCUUGUUGUUUUAAACUAG